AUGUUUGGAGCCGUCUCCCAGCCGGCUGGCAACAGCUUGUUUGGAAACACAGCAAAUAAGCCCAGUGCCUUUGGAAGCUUAGGGCAAAGCACAAACACCGCUACCCCAGCUGCCAGUGGAGGAUUGUUCGGUCAGCCACAAAGCCAGCCUCAGCAGGCUUCAACAGGCGGACUAUUCGGCAAUGCUGCCGCAGCUCAGCCAACGCAACAGGCAGGGGGUUUGUUUGGCUCCUCUACUGCCCAGAAGCCGGCGGGUAGCAUGUUCGGUGGUGGCCUGGGUCAGCAGCAGCCGCAGCAGCAGCCGCAGCAGCAACCCCAGCAAGCUGGAGGCCUGUUCGGCGCGCCCAAGCCUGGUGGUCUCUUUUCAGGCCCGCCGCCACAAACGCAACAAUCUGCGACCAGCGGAGGACUUUUCGGUGGUGGUUUGGGUGCCAGUACUCAACAACAACAGCCCCAGCAACAGCAGAACACUGCAUUCGGUGGAUCACUCCUUGGUGGGCAACAACAACAGGCACAACAACCUCAACCGGGCCAGUUUGGACACACUACCAUGGUCCAGCCACAGGGACAGCAGCAAGAACAAUCGCUUUCGUCAAGUUUGUGGUCUCCUGGCCGCGCUAUUACAGGAGUCCACCGGACCGUUCCUAUGCAGAUGUCUAUCGUCAAGGACAAGUGGGAUGCUCCUAACCGUGAUUCCCCGUUCCGAGCCUACCUGUACAACAAUGUUGGAGAAGAGUCUGCGCCAUUCUACCAACCAGGCCCGGAAGAUGAUGCGGCUUCAUGGGAGGCGGCUCUGCGUAAGCGCCCAGACCCAGGCUACGUUCCAGUGCUUGUCAAGGGCUUCUGGGAGCUUGGUAAGCGUGCGCAGCGACAGAAAGAUUUCCUUUGCAUGAUGCAAUCACGCCUUCACGAAAUCAACACCUGUUUGACCGACCUUCUCUCUCGCCACGAUCUCAAGAUUUCAAUCAAAAUUGCCGACUGCCGGCGAAAGCACAUGGUUCUCAGCAAGCGUUGUCUUGCCUUAGCGGCCAAGACCCAGGUGUUGCGCAACCGUGGUUAUGCGAUGGAUGACGCGGAAGAGGAAUUGAAGAAGAAGCUUGUGCAGCUCGAACGUUCUGUCUUUGACCCAUCUCUUAAUGGCCGAGGCGAGGAGAUUUGGGCCCGCAUGCUGGCUAUUCAUGAGCAGGGCAAACGCCUGCAGGCGGAGAUGGACCGCGCAGGAGGCAAUGCGGCGGUAAAUGCGGAGGACGAGAUUGAUGAGCAGACAAUGAAGACGGCCAAGAAGAUUCUUGAUGAUUACCAUGCGCAGAUCCAGCAUCUGCAGAAGGAAUUGACAUCCGUCAAGAAGGAGUUUGAAGAAGCUCAGAAACUCAACGGAAACUAA